UAGGUUAGGUUAGGUUAGGUUAGGUUAGGUUAGGUUAGGUUAGGUUAGGUUAGGUUAGGUUAGGUUAGGUUAGGUUAGGUUAUGCUAUACGUAUGGACUAUAUGGACAUUUCGUCCAUUUUGAAUUUUGGACAUUGACAACUUGAACCUUUUAUCCUAUUUCCAUUUUAUUAUUUGAUGGUUUUCAUUUCAUAUUGUUUCUCAUUCAGGAUAUUGUGUUCGUUACCCGUGGAACAGAAAGAAGAGAUAAUCUGAGGAACCAGAAAAAACAUACAGAAUCCUUAAGACAGCACCUGGAUGGACCUGCCUUUGAUCCAGACAGAAUGAUCUGUACAAUUUGUGGAAAGCAACCGAUUAGACUGAAGCGUCAUAUCCAGCAAAUACAUAAAAAAGAAGGCAAGGAGCUAGAAACACUGUAUAACGAAGCAAAAUAUAAAUUCAAAGGGAUCUCCUAUAAAGAAUGUUCAAUAUGUGGAAGAGGUCUUAGGCAUAUGAGACUUCAUCUUACACGUACGCACAAACUAGACCCUUCCACACCAGAAUAUAGGGUAGCGCUGGGAAAUCAAUCGGAAUAUUCUCGACCUGUAAGUAAAGAGAGACUUAGUAAAAUCAGAAGCAGGAGAUGUCACAUGAAUGCCCACGUUCCAGUAUCAGUAUUUGAAUGGAUUAGAUAUGAAACAAGAGCAGGGGCAAGUGUCGAUGGGACAGGUAUGCGUAGAAAUGUCAGAUCUGUACUGGAAAUUUUAAAACAAAACUCACUGAAUUUUAUGAGUCUUGUCACACCGAAUUCCAUCGACAAGACAUACAAAAUCAUCUAUGAAGAAUUGGUAAAAAAAUAUAAGCAUCUGAGUAUUAGUGUCAUAUUAGGUCAUGUGAAGAGGUUUGUUGAUUGGGCGUGUUCUGAGGCAGAUUAUGUAAUUUCUCCUAGGGUAAGAAGAGAACACGAACUGUAUACAAAACUUUGUAGGAGGAAGGGUGGGAGGGAAAACUUUGAUAGAAAAAUAGAGGAGUACCUUCCGACACUAAGAGAUAUAGGGCCACUCAUUCACUCAGUUAAACAUAGAUACAUAAUAAAUGGCUUGUUGGAGAGGCCGUCAGAAACUAUUGAAAAUGAGAGCAUCGACCUUAUUCAUGCAACCAUCGCUUGGCCCUGUAUACUUAAGAGCGGGGUUAGAACUGGGGUGUUGAUGAACAUGUGUGUAAAUGAAGUACUAGGUGCUACGAAAUAUCAGGAAGGAUUCAUAAUAAGGGUGCGAAAUCACAAGACUUCGGAACAUUACGGACCUUAUCAGAUAGGACUCAAUGAAGAGGAGUAUGCCAUAAUAUUUAAUUUUAUUAGAAAUAGAACAUGGACUUCAGAUUAUGUGUUUUCCACAAAGGGUGGUAAGAAAUUUUCUCUGUCAAAUAUACAAAGGUUUAUGAGGGUGUUAUUCAACAUAUAUGGACUCAGAGAUAUGAGGAUCACUACAAUUAGGAAAUUUUUAACAAGUCAUAUUCAUAAAGAGGGAAAUGACAAUAUGAUUGAAGCUACUGCAUCUCUCCUGAAACAUAGUAUUAAAACAGCUAGAAGAGAUUAUAAAGCAAUGCAACAUGAUCGGGAUGCUCUAAAAACAGCAAAUAAUUUAGCACAUAUGUUAAAGGAUCAACUCAGGGCAUUAAAUAUAGGUUUACCAGAUGAAAGUGAUCCAUCUGAAGAAAGAGUUGGUAAUAUUGGAUCUAUUGAUCACGUACAAAAUCAAGUGGAUGUUAUAGAUGAAGAUACACAACAAACGCAUAUGGUUAUUAGACCCGAGGGACAUUUAGAAAAUGCUGAAGAUUUGGUAGAUGACCAUGAAAUGGAACAUCUUAUACUGGAGGAUGACGAAGAAUACAAUAUAGAAAAAAAACAUGAAAAACUACAACAGAUGGAGCCGGAGGAGAGAGUAUUAAAGAAGGAAGAAGACAGAGAAGAGAACAAUAAUGACAAGGGAAAUGAAAUGACUAUUAACCCAAAUAAUAGGCAUCACUGUAAAACAAAAAUAUAUGUUAAAUCACCAGAACUAUUUCUGACCCAUUGCGGUGAAUCUAGUAGUAACAAUCCAUCACUGCCUGAGACCAUCAACAAGAGGAAAAACGUCGGUCCUAGGAGAUUUUUUUUACCUGAACAUCUCGCUCUCAUAAAAAAUACUUUUAAGUUUCAUAUUCAAAGUGGGUUAAAGCCCACAUAUCGAGAAGUCAGGGAAAAGAAAGAUAUAUUGAAAGAAAUAUAUGAUUAUGGGUAUGAUACAAAAAGUAUUGAAAGGAAAAUGGCAGAGUCUGUUAGAUCACAAAUUCGCCUUAAUAAAGGCAAUUGAUUAAUCUGUAUAUAUUAUUUGUAUAAGUGUUAUGUGUUAAUUAAUAUAUGUUAUUUAUUUUGAAUAGAUCUCUUUUGUUCAACCCUCCCCACCCAACAAUAUAAAUAA